AUGGAUGCACACGUUGAAGGUGCCAUUCCACUGUUUGUCCUGCUCGUGGGUUUGGGGUUUCGUCUCCAUCUCAUCUACGACCAGGCUGACGGACUGGCUGUGAUCCUUUACGCACCACCCAGCAUUAAACUUACAUACACCAUUCUGUACAGUGACAUCAUCCGUCAGCUGCCUCUGACGUCACUGCCACUGCCACAGGACAGUAAGCAGGUGUACGUACAGCUGCUGUGGGACAACAUCAACCUGCACCAAGAACCCGGAGAACCACUUUACCUGCUCUGGAGGACCUUUUUGGAGAAGAGGGGAACUCUGGGGCCAACAGACCACCAGGAGAUCCGCACUCUCCUCAACACCAUUGUUCGCAACAUCCAGACCAACGACGUCUAUGGGCCGAUCAACCUGCUGAUCCGAGAGAUCAAACGGCGCCCAGAAGGGGUCAAACAACAGAGGAGCGUCUAUAGAGAAAUACUGUUUCUGUCACUGGUGGCUUUGGGACGGGAGAACAUCGACGUAGAGGCCUUCGACAGAGAGUACCACAACGCAUACAACCAGCUGAGUGCGGAGCAGCUCAAGUCUCUGCACUGCAUCGAUCGCCCGCCUACUCCCAGCGUCCAGUGGUGCCUUAAAUGUUUUGGAGCACCUUUCAUCUGAACUGAUCCUCUCAGCAGCAGAGACACAAACUCUUACUGUUCCUGCUUCAACUUUGGGGAACAGGGAGACUUUCGGACAUCUCCAGCUGGACGAACAUGACUUGAAGCUGCAAUGGAUGGACACGGUGAAGAUGCCACUCCGCUCUAUGUCCUGCGUGUGUGUUCCUGGUUUCAUUUCCAUCUCAUCUACCACCAGACUGACGGACUGGCUGUGAUGCUUUAUGGUGACAGAGAGAAGCUUGCUGCGAUGUUCCUGCAGAGGAUGGUGAUGGAGUUCUUCAGGAACUGGAUUCACAGGCCUGAGUGACCAAGACCAUCAGUGACCUGUGUUUGCGCAGCCUCUGCGGGACUUUCAACACAGUCCUCUGGUGACGCCUGAAGAGCAGCUUGAAUCUACAAAAUGAACUGCUUGUUUAAUAAAUAAAUUUUGGUCAAUAAACCAUUUGGAUUUACAC